AAACAUUCUGACAGCCAGUUAUCACAUCACUUGUAAAGGAGUAAAACACAGUUAGCGAUUAAAAAGCCACACUAUCUUCUUCAAAGAGAAAAGACUCCGUUCUGCCACAGAAUAUGCACUGGCAAAAAUCUUCUGCUUCAGAGCAUCAUCAGCAGCCACGACCCUAUCAAGGUGUCCGUGUCAAAGAACCGGUGAAGGAGCUACUGAAGAGGAAACGUGGGAACAUCAUUCAUAGUGUUAAUGCAGCUGCAGCGACAACGGUUGUUUUGCCCCAUCAGCCACUUCCGUCCUAUUCACCAAUUGGCCAGCCUUGCAUUGAUAUGGAUGUUACUGCCUCUUCGUUGCCAGUUACCGACGAAGGGGCAUUAUGUUCUGGUUGGCUCUCUCAGCCUUCUCCUGCUACCCUACAGCCCUUAACCCAGUGGACAACUUACCCAGAUUAUAUGUCACAUGAAGCAGUCAGCUGUCCAUACACAGCAGACAUGUAUGUUCAGCCUAUGUGUCCCAGUUAUACACUGGUUGGACCCUCUUCAGUUCUGACUUACGCCUCCCAGCCGCUGAUCACCAAUUUUGCGCCAAGAAGCACCACUCCAGCUGUUGUGCCGCAGCUGGAGGUGACAGACCAGCAAUCCCCUCUUACCUAUUUCCCAUGGGCUCAGCCCAUUUCUGCAUUACCAGCAUCUACCCUGCAGUAUCAGCCGGCUUCCUCCUCGCUUCCUGGGCCACAGUUCGUUCCACUUCCCAUUUCAAUUCCAGAGCCAGCCCCACAGGAACUCGAGGAUGCAAGAAGAGUGAUCAGCACUCUGCCCAUUGAAAAGCUACUUCUAGAAGAUGAAGACAAUGAUACGUAUGUUUUAAAUCACACUCUCUCUGUUGAAGGGCUUUAAAGUAAUGUAUAUGGGGCCUGAUCCUACAUUUCUUGUUCACCCAAAACUCCAAGUGAAAUCAACGAGAGUUUUGAGUGUACAAGAAAAACAGGUUUGGGCUAUUUAUUUUCUUAAGAUGUUUUGUUAUCAACCACCACUAAUGUUCCCUGAAUAUGAGAUUUGCACUGUGGAAGCAGAGAAAGAACGGUCAUGCAUUGCAUCCCCUUCCUGUCAGUUCUUUCUCUGCUUCCACAGCACUCAGGGUGAAAUUUACCUGUGCACACAGGACUAGCAUGAGACUCAUGUACUGCUAACGUCACUUUUAGUCCUUCCUAGUGGAAAUAUUGAAGUGCAUGGUUCUUGUGCUGGACCUCUGCAAGGAGUAAAUUUCACCCUCAUAUGUGGAACAUGGGCUCAAACUGACAUGGUUUUUAGUAACAUAUUUGCUAACCCUGUAGUGUCUGACUGUAGCAUUUGGAUACACGUAUCUUAAGGGCAUCUUAGAGGGUUUACUUUACAAGCCAUAUUUUCUUGAGCUAUGUGUAACGGACACACAUCGAUAUCUUUGCUUUGUUCAGGUGGAGGAAACUACCCCAAUACCUGUGCUUAAUAAAUCUUUUUGAAAAAGGCCCAGCUUAAGUGUGGGGCCUGAAAUGAGAUGGUCCUUUAAUUGAUAACACCGUUGAAAAAUUUCAUUGUAUGAUUAUGAAUAUUUUUAUUCCUGUGACAGGUUUGUAGUCCACGAAAGCUUAUGCUCUAAUAAAUUUGUUAGUCUCUAAGGUGCCACAAGUACUCCUGUUUUUUUAUUCCUGUGGUAGCACCAAUUGUUAGCCAGUCUGAAGACCAGUAAUAUAAACAGAACUGGUGAGAUAUGUGCUAGUGUGAAAAGAGGUCACCAGCUACAGAGGAACACAAAAUUACUUAGGCAAAGAAUUGUACAGUUGCUUCUUAAUUUCAUUUUACUGAUCAUUCUUGCAAAAUGUACAGAUUUGUCUUCAUGCAGAGCUCUAGCUCAGUCAGCGGGGCAAUUGGACUGAUGCAUUUUCAGCAUUCAGUAUGUGAAAUGUUCCCCUUUAAAACUGGUAGAGUCAUAUUUUAUGGCUGCCGCAUGAUGUUGUGUAUUGCACUGAGACAGAACCUGGUCCCAAUGGGAUUGCAAGAUAUGGCCCUAUGUCAGGAGAUCAUUGAGAAGACUGGGCCUUCCAAAAUUCAGAUGGGUGUGUGGCAAUACUGACAGCACCGUCAUUCAUUCUCUUGUUCUUGGGCCUUAGUUCAGUUUACAACGAUGAUAAACAAUCCUAAAAUUGGAGACAGGCCAUGUCAAAUUAGAGACCUUUAACGUACCUUAUCAACAUUGAACGUUUCUCUGUAUUCCAGUCUUUUAGAGUCACAGGCAUAUGCAGCAUCAUUAUUGCAUUUUGGUUUUAUUCACUGGAAAAUGAAUAGCAUCUCCCCCCUCUAAAGCUAUUGUAAAUAUCGCUACUGGUGUUCCAUGGCAUCAUGCCACAGACAAAGGUAUUUGCGUGAGGACAUAUCCAUUUUUAACAUUUGUUAACUGUUUUCUUAAUGCACCAGGGACUCCUAGAUGAUGAACACAAUUUCUCUGGGUUUUUCUGCUUCAUAAAGCCCAGGAGCCUUAGAUGACUAUAGCAUUUAGAAGUAUUUUUGGAAUGAAUUUAUUCAAAGGGUUGUUACCUUGCAUUGGUUAACUACUUGGUGCCCACUCCUCCUCCUUCUACCCAGGCAAUAUUCCAAAUAACUUUACAGUGUUUGCCUGAGUAAGGACUGCAAAAUCGGGUCCAGUGUCUCUAAGACUUUCAAAGCAGGUUUCACUAUUGACAAAUCUAAAGGGUUUAAACAACAGAUCAUGCAAAUGAUCAUAAAAUUGUCUGAAAACUGCAGUAGCUUAGGCUUACUGGUAUUAGUGGCUUAAAUUUGCAGAAAAACCCAGCAAAGAAAUUAAUUAGAUGAGGCUUGAUCUACCACUGUGUUACUCCAGGUUUAUGCUGGUAAUAUAGUUAUACCAGUGUAACACUGGCGUGGUGCAGUUGUGAAUCAGGCCCAUGUUUGCCAAGAUUUAUUUGAAACUUUUUUUUUCAUUUCACUGUAUGUAAAAUCUCCCAGUUGUAUAUAAAGUGAUGAUGUGAUGUCUAUGGAUUUCUUUCUGGGUUGUUCUGUUAGAUUAAAAAAAAAACAAUGUUCAAUAAAGAUCUACAGUAACUUU